AUGGGAGCUUGUCAACAUUUAUGCAGAUAAUAACUUGUAAUCUAAUAGGAAGUCACAAUCCAAUAGAAACGGUAGAAAAAGAAACAAUCUGAUAAGGAUUCAAAGACUAAUCCUAAUUGUUCUCAAAAAGGAGUUGUCGAAGAAAACAUAGGAGAAGAAUUUCGGUCUCCCCAAGAAAUUUAGUAUUUUCACAAAAGAAUCAAGAAUCUCAAUAUAGCAGGUGAUCGGAAAAACAGAUUUAUGCAUGAUAUAGAAGAAGAAAUAAAGUAUAUAAUUAGGAAGAACAUCGAAGAAGAGCGGGAAAAUUUGAAACGCGUUCAAUAAAUAUAUGAACAAGAACUUGAACUUUAAAGGAAAGAACAACUCAAAAAAUAAAAAGAAUAAUUAGACAACCAAUUUUCUUUUUAAAAUUCCAUCAUUCAAUCAAGUGAUAACCCAAGUGAACAUCCAAGUGCCAAUCCCUUCUAACCAAAAUCAACAUCCUAAUUUGCCCCGAGGAGAAAUGAUAAUGAUACAGUUUCUCAAAAAUCUUAAAUCUCUAAAACUCCUACUCCUCCUUACAAAGACAAAUCAAUUUCCUCUUAAUCUGAUGCCAUGAGAAAAAGUGCUUUAAUCAAAAUCAUUCAAGCAAGAGAAGAAUUAGCCAGUAAUAAUGCAAGUAAAGGCUCUUCCAAAAAGAAAUUGAUGCUUGAUGCCUAUGAAAAAAUGUUUAGCGAAUUCUUUUCCCAAGACGAACGAGGAUCAAGCAGCUAAAGCAAAAGCCAUAAAAGCAUUUUAAAGAAUAGAUCUUUAACUCAUCGCAGUUUCUCAGGUAGUAAAUCCAUUAAAUCCACUCAUACUGCUGUUAAAAAAUCAAAACGAGUUAGAUUUUCAAAGGAGACCAAUUUCAGUUAUGAAAGAAAAUCAACAGAAAAGAAAAAGAAAAGCUUUUGGGAUUGGUGA